AUGCCCAACAACAUCCAAGCAGAUAUCCCGGUCAUUAUCUCUUCAGCUCUCAACGGCCCCGGGGGCAACCCCUAUGUUGGAACUCCCCGGAUCCUACCCACCGUCCUACCAGUCAUCUUGAUUCAAAGGGAUCCCGGUGUCCGACCUCCAGUGUUCAUGUUUACACGGGUUGGAGGUGACAUAUACACAAUUACCGCCAAUGGGAUGCAAGUCGUAGAGAUGGACGGGAAGUUAUUUACCAUGGUGGAGGGACCCCCGCAAGAGUGGGUGAUUAGAUACAGAGAACUUCAAGAUGCAUAUACGAUCGCCAAGAGACUUGACACCCCUGAAGAAAUUGGAUGGAUCGCUCCGACCGAUGGUGAAGACCCACAGGUAGCUGUGGAACAUUAUGGUGAUAUUCUAGACGACUGA